AAUGGUAGCUCUCUGAUGAUCUUCAGUCCGGUGAACUGCAGCGCCAUUGGAUUCAUCAAGAAAACAUGGGCAAUCUCGGUUGUGUGCAGGUGUGAGCUCGGGGAUCUGGCGGCGGCACUGUAUGGCUGGCUUGCAGCGAUAUAUAGAGAGCUUUGACCACGCCACCUUCAUGACAUUUGUGACAACUGAAGGAGGAGAGAGGUGCCUUUGUAUUAUACAAUUACCUUGGUCUUAUCGAGGGGUAUCUUUGUAUUAUAGAAAAUGUCUUCUCGACAAGCAAAACAACUUGAAGCUGAACUUGAAGCCCUUAAGCGCACACUGAGUGAUCCAAGUGAAGAGCCGGUCAAGCUAUCUUAUCCAACUAUAGAAAUAAUUACAGAAGAUUUCUCUGAAGAAAUUGGUCGCGGUGGGUUUGGAGUUGUUUAUCUGGGUUAUCUUCCGAGUGGGAAGAUUGCUGUAAAGAAGCUUUCCAAUGCACAGGAUUAUGAUGAUAAGCUGUUCUCGGAUGAGAUUAACUGCUUAAUAAGGGCAAAGCAUAGGAAUAUAGUAAGAUUUUUGGGCUAUUGUGCGGUUACACAAUUGGAUUUGGUUAAAUAUGGAGGAAAACAUGUUUUAGCUGAUGUACGACAAAGAAUUCUCUGCUUUGAGUACGUUCCAAAUGGAAACCUUUACCAAUAUCUGAAAGAAAAACCUAAUAAAAAUGAAUGGCAAAUGCGUUACCGAUUGGUUAAGGAAAUUGCUGCGGGUCUGCAUUGUCUGCAUGAAGAACGUAUUAAUCAUUUGGACAUGAAACCUGAAAACAUUCUGCUGGAUUCUCAAAUGAGGCCGAAAAUUACAGAUUUCGGUUUAUCAAGAUUCUUCGAUGAAGGACAAUCCAGAAUUUUUACUAAAAAUGUUUUUGGUACAAGGGGAUAUAUAGCACCAGAAGUGCUUGAAAAGGGGGAAUUGUCAUUCAAGUCGGACGUAUUCUCUUUGGGCAUUAUUAUCAUAAAACUAUUAACCGGUCGUAACAACUAUGAUGUUGAUAAUUGGCAUAAAUCGUUAGACGUGGACGGCCCACAUGCAGAGUGCUGCAUCAAAAUAGCGCAAUUGUGUACACAUGACGACCAACAUAAGAGACCUACCUUAGGUGAAAUAAUUGAUAAGCUGAACACAACGGAAUCGAGAAAGGACACAGGGUCUUCCGUAAAAAAGGUAAGCCAUGGAUUUAUUGAGACCGAGCUGCUCGAUGUAUACCCCCUGGAGCUCAGCUUCCCCUUCAAGACAAAUGAGGACAUCUCUUCGACACUGAGCCUAAUCAACCAGACAGGUCGUCAGGUUGGCUUCCUGAUUGUACCGGAUUUUUCGGAUAGGUACUGUCAUACGGAAUUACUUAAUGGCAUUUUGAUGCCAAUGUCCACCACUGCUAUCACUGUGACAAUGCGACAGCAAAAGAAGCAACUACUGGGCACAGACAAGUUGGAGAUACUGAUGUUUAUCAUGGGGUCUGAAUCCAAUCGUAAUAUCAGAAAGCUGAUGUCAUCCAUCUACGGAGUGGUCAACAUAUCUACUGAUAAUUUAGUGAAGCAAGCUGAAGAGUUGGGGGGCAAGGUCCAUCGGGCGAUGUUGACUGUGAGUCUGAGGGAGGCCACUGAAUUCAAGUUCAUGGAUACAAGCGAGGAAAGUGAUGCCAUUGAUUUCAUAUCAGUGCAUCCCACAGAGCCAUGGAUUUUGGUUAUUUAUGCUGAUAGUUGUUCCAUUUGGAACUGGAAGACGGGGAAGAAAUUAUCUAAGAAGUUUGGUGUAUUUUUUUCGGCUCAAUUUAUUCCUCGAAAGAAAUGGCUUGUAUUGGGAGACGAGAAAGGCUCCAUUUUUGUAUUUACGUGUCCUGCACUGACCAAAGUUAAGAAAUUCAAAGCUCACAAUGAUAGGAUCUUUUCAAUGGAAGUUCACCCAAUGCAACCAAUGUUGUUAUCGUGUAGUGAACAAUCGAUCAAGCUUUGGGACUGGGAGAGAGGCAACAAUAACGACUGGCAUUGUAAUCUAUUUGAUGAGCAAGACUCUUUAUUUGAAGACGCCAUAUUUGACCGCAAGGACCCCCAGACUUUUUUCACUGUUGGCAAAGAUAAGAUAGUAAAGAUUUGGAAUAUUGAUUCUUGCAAGCCUAUCACGGCACUGAAAACACUAAGACUUGGCGGACUAUUCGAUUAUGUUUUAACCAAUUCAGAUCAGUAUAUGAUUGCUGCAAUUCAAGGCUGGAUAGUAAAUAUAUGUGAUUUGCAGACAGAAAAACGUAUCCACUCAUUCUCUAUGCAUCGGAAAGAAAAUACAGCUAUCUCUUAUAUGAGAAACAUGGUUGAUUUGACUGGUCACCCAACAUGCCCAAUAUUAGUUACCGCGUCAGACGAUGGGAAGAUUUGUAUGUGGAACUCCACUACCUACAGGCUAGAGAAGUAUAUACAAAUAUCAGAAGAGAGUCCUAAUGAUGUUGGAUUUAUAGGUUCAAGAAGCCUCGCGAUUGCGUACGACCACGGAAUAACAAUAGUUGAUAUUGAUCUGGAAUAGGACAGCCUUAGAGUUGGAACUCGAUGAACGCCUACGGGACAGAGUGCUCCCGGCUGGUUAUCUCUGGGAGUUACCUCAU